CCCGCACCGGAAGCGGCGGCGGCUCCGGGAGCGGAAGAGACGCCAGCUGGCCCUUCAGCGCGCAAUGUCCACCAACAAUAUGUCGGACCCACGGAGGCCCAACAAAGUGCUGAGGUACAAGCCCCCGCCGAGUGAGUGUAACCCGGCCUUGGAUGACCCGACGCCAGACUACAUGAACCUGCUGGGCAUGAUCUUCAGCAUGUGCGGUCUAAUGCUCAAGCUGAAGUGGUGCGCCUGGGUGGCCGUCUACUGUUCCUUCAUCAGCUUUGCCAACUCGCGUAGCUCCGAGGACACCAAGCAGAUGAUGAGCAGCUUCAUGCUUUCCAUCUCCGCCGUGGUGAUGUCCUAUCUCCAGAACCCUCAGCCCAUGACGCCCCCCUGGUGAUGGCAGCCUGGAGGGGUCAUGUCCUGGACCCGUGCCACCCACUUGCCCCAGGCAUGGCCUGUGGCCACUCAGAAUGCUACUGUCCUGAGU